AGUGUAUUUUGUUCUUUUUCUGUCCUUCCAGCGAGUCUUCCGUCUUCCACGCCGCUGUCGUCACGUACUUGCCUCAAGCAGACCUUGCCGUCCGGUUUCCUGAAGAUGCGCGGCGAGGACUGACUGAUCGCAAGGUUAUUCCUGCAUCAGUGCAGCGUGCGUUAUGACCUUAAUGCACUUUCACAGGCAACUGGCGACGUCUGAACUCCUUGUUUGCCGUGUUUCUCCAAAUUCUUCCACUGCUAUCUCUCUUGGGGCAUCCUCUGUGUGACUGCCUCAUUCUUUUCACUGGUCAGCGAAGGUAGUCUGCGCUUGUGCCGGCCACCGGUUCUCGUUCAUUUUUCAGCGUGUACAAGUGGCAGGUACUCAUCGUGCAUCCCACUCUUUCUGGGCUUCUGUUUUCCGCCACGUAUCUUGUUGCCAUCGGCACUGCGAAUCAGCUACGGGCUUGCCACUUUCUUUGUAGUCUACAAAAGACAUCUCACCGAGUGUUAUCCCAGUCAAGAACCAGAUGAACGAUGUCUCUCUCUCCUCAGACUUCUGGGACGCUGUUUCGCGGGGGGACACCAGAGAGAGGCCGCGCCUUGCAGUGCUCACCCAGAAGUCUGCAGGCGCGAAGAAUGUCCUGCUAGUCGCAACCGAUGGAAGCACAAACGGAUCCGGAGCGCUCCAGCAUGGGCGCGUGUUCGCUCGGCGGGAGGAUAUCCCCGCAAAUUUUGUGAUCAGCGGGAGCGCGAAGCCGGUUAUUCUUCUCGAGAGAUUCUCUGUCCAGACAGUCGGAGGAAGGCGCUGUGUCUUCGCACUUUCGUUGCGCGUUGCUUCCGAUUGGGCGAAGCUGCCUGCGUCAACAACGUUUGCCCCUCAUCGGGGGCUUGAAGAUUGCAAAAACGAUGCUGGAAAUGACACGCCUUGUCGAGACAUCGUUGCUGUUUCCACUUCCCUGGAGAAUGAAAGAGAUUCUCGAGGGCGCGACGCACUCCCGAAGAACGCAAAAGCUCCGUCACCAAGGCAAGACACCAAGCCGAGGCGGGGCAGAGAACAAGGCAAACGCAGCACAUUCCUUGUCCAGACCGGUGGCGCUGUCGCCCGCCAGAAAGGCGGUAUUCUCAUGAGCAUCAAGGACCUCAAUUCGUACAGCCAAGAUUGGAUGAUCAAAGGCCGCGUUGCCGACAAGACGGAGCUUCGCUUGUUUGCAAACCAGAGAGGCGAGAGCCAAGUCUUCGCUGCAACGAUAAUCGAUCAUCUUAAAGGAGAGAUUCGCGCGAGCUUCUUUGGCAGAGUUGCGGCCACGUGGCAUCCACGUCUCGAGGUUGGCCGGGUCUACCAGUUCUCUCGAGGGACCAUAGACACGGCUAACAAGAAGUACAACUCGCUUUCGCAUGAAUACGAGAUCAAAUUCGACGACCGAGCCGUGAUUGUUGAGAUGGACGAUGACCCUUCUAUCCCCGCUCAAAUUUUUUCACCUCUGAAGCUGGCGACCUUGACUGACGACUCUCUGGUUGGCUCGGUUGUCGAUGUCAUCGGAUUCGUGACCUCUUUCUGCGAGACGCAUUCUGUGCUUGCGCGGAAUACAAAGGAUGAGGUUCGGCGAAAAGAGCUGAGCAUUGUCGACGACUCCGGCGCCGCUGUUACUGUCACGCUUUGGGAGCAGCACGCGACAGCUUUGAAGGACUCUGUUCUCGCCGAGAGGCCCCUCUUAGCCAUCAAAGCGGUGCGCGUUUCCGAGUACGCGGGCAAAGUAAGUUUGACGUCGACUUCCCGCUCGGUCAUCCUUGUCGACCCUCAUGGCCUGGAAGAAGCGGAUCUGCUAGCGGCGUGGUGGGAGGCGGAAGGCGAAAAGGCUCACAAGGCCCAUGGGGAUCCAAGUCACAGUUCUGUUAUUACGGAUAUCUCAACAGUUAACGCACAGAUCGUCGAGCUGGCUGCAGGCUCCCUCUAUUUCAAUUGUCUUGCGAUCGUCUGCGACGUUCACGGUGACUCUCUCAUCUGGCUGGCAUGUCCGGAGUGCAAAAAGAAGGCGCGGAGAGACCUUACUCGCAGAGGGGAACCGAGGAGUUCAUCGGCGUAUCGAUGUCUGAACUGCAACAAAGCAGUCGAGCCUGUCGCUAACAAGUAAUCGGAUCUCUCCAGGUCGCCCCAGACACGAUUCAGAUGCUUGAACGCGGCGGUACGGACACAUUCGGGCGGACGCUUGCGGACAUUGUCGACCUUCUGCGGUACAGAGAGGUUCGUGUCCGACUUAGCGUGAGGAGCUACGAAUUUCGUGGAGAAACGAAAGUGGCAUGUAAAGUCGUUGGAUGCGCUUGGACAGAAAGGGACGUCGAGGCGCAGACUAGCGCGUGCCUUCGCAGCAUCCGAGACCAACUGAACUGAAGAAUGAUUCUGCCUCUAGCGAAAGACAAUCGUCAGGUUCGGCUCGAAAGGAACGUGUAGGCCCAGACAUAUACGCCGAUCCUUCCUUCGCUACGGCUUCUCUCAGUCUCUGAUGAAACCCCUGUGUCGCCGUCUUGUCAUCCACGUCUCCGGCAGUUUUCUGACAGACUGGAUGUAAAAUCACACUCUUGAGGACAGACGUAAGGGAUGGAGGGUGCCUGCGUCAAAAAGCCAUGAAGAGUUUGGAGAGAAAACAUGUACCUAGUUUCCACGCAUGUAGCAGCUGAAUGCAGGUGGCGGCUGAGGAGUUAGCUUCUGGAAAACAUCUACUGCUUCCACGGCUUUCCGCGUCGUAAGAGAAUAAGGAAGCUAAAAUCAAUUACGAGGUAGGGUGCGUAAUUCUGCAAAGGUGUCACAUUUUUGCUCCGUUUUUCCCUUGCAAAGCGAGCAACUUAGAGGCAUUUUCAAAAGGUUCUGGCAGCAACCGAAAGGUCGGAGGAAAACAGCAUAACGAUUCAGUAAUGUUGUUCUCUCUUGAUGGGUGACAUCGUGCUUGAGGGCCAUCUUAAUCACAUCGCUACAUCGGGUAACCGGUCGACAGCACCUCGGUUUUUGCAAGGGUCGUAAAUGGUCAAUUUUGAUUCGGAUAUCUUCUACCUUCAGUACUCGUGAUGUAUCACCUGAGCAUCAUUAACAAUUGCGAGGUGAAUCAACAUUAGAACUUAAUUGCUCGAGAGAAGC